GUUUGGCGGGUUGUCUUCUAUGGAAUAUUUUAGCAACAACCUUUGUUUGGAUCAAAGGAGGAGAUCCCGGUGCUUGGUUUUUUGCUCUUAUCUACUUAUUCGGUAUUCCAUCAGCCUACUUCUUGUGGUAUCGUCCUCUUUAUCGUGCGAUGAGGACUGAUAGCGCACUGAAGUUUGGCUGGUUUUUCUUAUGUUAUGCGAUUCACAUUGUAUUCUGCGUCUUAGCUGCUGUGGCACCUCCAUUCGUCUUCAGGGGGCAUUCAUUAACUGGUUUCUUGAAUGCAAUUGAUCUUAUAGGCUGGAAUUCCAUAAUCGGGAUAUUCUUCUUCAUUGGUGCUGCAUUCUUCUCUGUUGAAUCGUUGAUCAGCAUAUGGGUUAUUCAGCAAGUGUUCAUGUAUUUCCGAGGAAGUGGCAAAGCCGCGGAAAUGAAGAAACAGGCUGCAAGAUCAACAAUUAACGCGGCAAUAUAAACUAACAUUUGGGGAGUGAAGGCGUACGCGCAGUUUUGGACUUUGGCCUGUUGUAUUUUUUCAUUCUUUCUUCUCACACCUUAGCUAGAUAAGCUUUUGCAGAUGUGACUACUCAAGUACAUAUAUAGUGAUGUCCCUUGCCUUUGGCUAUACUAGUGUAUCGUUAAUCCUUUAAAAUCAAGAAGUAUUUUCACCAAACUAAUAUUUAAUCGUAUAUUUCCCGUUUAUAGGGAGUUUUCUUCAUACUACAGGAGCAGAGUUGUACGAAUAUAGAGAAUCAUCAAAAUGUUUGAUUUUUAGUUUCUGGAA